GAGUGGAACAGAGAGAGAUUGACUAAAUCCUGCUCAUUGAAAGAGGGGGGAGCACAUUCACACCCUUUGGAGGACUCACAGGAAAGGAGAGAGAAUCAGAAUAACACACAGUCAGAUAUCAUUGUACCCUGCAUGUCUCUUCAGUCACACCAAGGCUGCUGGGUUUUCUGUGAGUCGAGCUCCUGUGAAACAGACAAACAUGUCCAGCUCAAUCCUGCGACGACAUUCCAGCAAAUUGGGAUUAAAGGACCUCCAAAGGAUCACUGCUCAGCGCAGUCUGGAGGAUGCAGAAGAAAUUGAGAGAGAACGCAGACGGCGUGCAAGAGCCAGUACCUCUACUGAGCCUCCUUCACCCACUGUGACCCCACAGGACAGCCCUCGCACUGCACAAACUCUGGACAACCAGUCAGUGGGUCAGAAUAAUAUGGGACCAUCAUCUUUGGAAGAAGACGAAGGCUUCAGUGAUUGGGCACAGCAUCUAAGUAGGCGGAAACAGAGACAAAUGGAACAUGAAGAUGUAGAAACAAAUCUGAAUGGCUCCCUUCACUCAACCACACAACUCCAGCUCUGUUCCAGCUCUGCUCAACAAAGUAAACUGCACCGAUGUGAUUUAAAUGUGUAUGACACCACCCCAUAUAUACAGACCCAAUCCCCCCUUUCACAUCAGCAGAACCUGGUUGAGGAUGAUAAUAGUGAAGACUGGGGUGCCAGAGAGUGGGAAAGAAGGAAUAACAUUAAGGCAACAGAAAGAGAGGAGAGAGAGAGCAGACGGUGGUGUGAAGAGGACGAGAAUCCAGGAAGGAUGAAAGAAAAUCAGAAAUGUGAUAUGGAUGAGAAGGUGAGGGAAAAGAAGGCAGAGAUGAAGAUAUCAUACACUUCAACAAUCCUCCUCCAACAGAAUGUGAGACAAAACAGCAUUAAUGGACAAGACAGGAGGAGAAUAAAUCAAUGUGCAUCUGAGGAAGUUUGCGUGAAGAGCAGUGAGGAGAACCAGCAGCACAGAGAUACAGAUGAUCAGACGCAUGAGGAGGUACAAAGGAGGAUGAGAGAGGAAGAGAGAGAGAAGAAGAGGAGGGAUGUGAUGGAGAAGUUGAAGAGGUUAAGUAUAUCCAGCGCGGAUACAGAUGAACCCUUCAGUCCUCUCAGCCCCAGGAGCCCCUCCUACAUGGCUGAGGGUGAGGACUGCCAAUCAGAGGGUACACUUUCGAUUACUGAGAGGACUGAGUCUCUAAACCGUUCUAUUAAAAAAAGAAACAGCAUAAAGACGACCCAACCUCCCACGAUCAUCUCAAAGUUAGAUGGCAGAUUGGAGCAGUACAACCAUGCUGUUGAGGAGUGCUGUAAGGAGGGGAAUGUAGUCAAGCAAACUCUUAUGGACGUCACAACACCACAAGAGCCUGUAUCUGCUCGGAAGAUCCUGUUUGAGGCUGGAGAUGCCUGGAAUCAGAAUUCAGCAAAGGCCGUGCCCUCUAAGGAUGCGGAGGGACUGAAUGUGGGUGUGGCAGAUCUAAUUAACCAAUGGGUGAAGGGAAAUUCUGAUGGCAGCUUCAAGAGCCCCACCUCCAAAGCAGCAUCUCCAGAAGUUAAGGCUGGUGAGGUGCGUAACAUAAAAUCGAUGUGGGAGAAUCUGGGAGACACAUCAUCACAGGACAAACCUUGUGCAAAGGGAAAAAGGUAUAAAUUUGUCGAGAGUGGACAUGGGAAGUAUGAGAAGAUCUUAGUUAAUGAUUACACAAACUGAGGAACAAUUGGCUGCUAAUCACACAGAUGUCAGAAGAAAAGAUGCUGUUGUACAAAUGUACAACAUAAAUGUGAUCAUUGAUAUAAUAACAUUACUGGUUAUUAGUUACAUCUAAAACAUUGCAUUACUAUGCUAGGCCUUUUUAUAGUAAAGGAUUUCUCCGAGAAAAAAGUGUUUUCACACUUUGUACAUGUACAUCUUUCUAUCACUUCCAAUCAGAACUCAGUAAACACAACUGUAUAUGGUAUUUAAUUAAAGUGUUUUGUCCAGCUAUACUCAAGUGUAAGAUACAGAAUCAGGUCUUAGAGGUAUUAGACAAUCAAACAUUGAUCAGAACUUCACUGUGAACUCUGAAAUCAUUGGCCAGCAUGCAGUGCUGUUUGUUAAUUUACGGAAAUAUAUUUUAAAAUCUGUACCACACAAUAAAAAUAACUCUAUAUAAAUCUAUACAUUGUAAUGGGGCGGGGGAGAAAAGGAAAACGCCUAAAUUUGAAUGCCCGAAGGGAAUAAAAUAUUCCUGAAACAAAAUGUUUUUCAUACAAAAAUGUAAGGAAAUAUUUAUAUUUUUUUCAUACAAAUGUUAAAUGAUUUCUUUCUAUUUGAUAAAAAUCUCUGUUGUUUUUUUUUUAUUUUUUUACUUACUCUCAUGUUCCUGCUCUCAUUCCUUGCUCCAUAAAAGUGAAUAAUAUUCAGUUAAGUAGUCCUACUACACAGUGUAAAUCAAUGAGCCGAAAGAGUGUGUGGUGGAAUGCUUGAAUAAUGAUUUUUAUGUAUUUGUUUGCAAAUAAUCAAUAAAACUGAUCAAUCAUC